AAUACGGAAGAGUUCUCGUCCCCAAGCUACCAUGCGGUAUAUAACAAGUUUAAGGCGAAGGAGGAUACAUUCAGGAUAGUUCGAUCUCAGCUGAAUGCGUGGUAUGAUCAGCAUAAGCACGUUUCUGCAUCCAGUCUAAUUGAUGGAUUGUCCACGGAUAAGAAGGAGAUUGGACACUUCCUAAGGAUGAUUGUGGGCCCCACUAACCGAUUGGGGUGUGCCAUAGCCAGUAUCGAAAAAGUCGGAUGGACCCAUCAAUGGCUAGCCUGUCUAUACAGCUGUUCACCCCAAAAGAACUCGCUUCUUUAUGAGUAUUCCGGAAAACCGGGAGAAUAUUGCACCACUGUGACUGAUGGAAAAUUCAAAAAUCUUUGUAAUGACACUGAACCUGUGAAAGAUUGCAUGCACUCUGAACUAUUCAAGCCGAUAACCACCAACGACACUGCAUCAUUGAUCAGGGGCAUGGUGAAAGGACAAAGCCAAUCCAGAAGUAUUUUGUGUGGCUUGUGUCCUCUCUGCUGCAAGUGGUGGAAUUGGGCAAAGGGAGGUUGCGGAUUGAUAAAAAAAACUUUGAGUGCUAUUACACAUGGUGGUGGUGAAAGUGAAAAAUGA